GCAUGCUCAGUGUCUUCAGCUUGCUGGGCCAAUCAGGGAGCCUGAGGUGGCUGCCAGGGGUGCUUGACCAAUAGGACAGUUGCACGCUGCCUCAGCUCCUGUAUAAGCAGCUGCAGUCUUUGUUCGGGGUCCCUUGCUUCCUGUUCUCCCUUCAACCAAGAGGCUCCAAUAAAGCGUGAUUUGGGAAGAAUCCUUGUCUGGUGGUAGUCUCCACAACUGGUGCCGAAACCCGGGACGCUGGGACUCCUUUUGGUACCGAGCGAGGGACCACAGAGGAUUCAGAACCCAACACGUGGAGCGGCGACGUCGGUAAGCAAGUUUUCUCCAGGGGCAAGAAGCACCUCAUUGGGUUCCGAGUCACCUGACCAGAGUUGUCGAGGCUCAGGAAAAUGAUUCUGCCAUUCGUCAAGAUAUUGAUGCUGUCGAUCCUGUGGAAGAUGAUACAGAGUCGAGCGGAGCAGAGAUGGGGGAUUCUGUCAGCCUUCCCCAAGCCGAUUCCUGUCAGGCAUAAUGCAGCUGUUUUCCCACGAUUUUUUAUCAGUCAGAAAAUGUUGGGUCUUCCCAUGUUACCCCUUGAUAUGCAUGUGGCCCCCUUAGGGGAGAAUAGAAGUUUUAUGGAAGAGGGUUCCCUAUGUUUUACUUUGGAAAUAAACCCGGGAUCAUGCAUUGCUCUAAGAAAGCAGGGUUUGGCAUGGUUCCAGCAGGAUCAAGACUUUACUUUGGUUUCCCAGGAGAGAAGAAAUUGGCAAUUUGGGCCAGGGAAUCAGUCGUCCCCUUUUCAGUUUAGCAAUUAUUCUUAUACCCAAAAGGCCCUUUGGUUCAAUGGUACCUUUGUGUCCUUCCCCAAUGUUUCAGAAAGUGAGUCUACGCCUGUCCAGCCACGACUUGCUCCACACUGCUGGGGCUCCCUUAAGGAAGGAGAACUUUGGCCUUGGACAGACUGUCAGUCUCACAUGGUCGCCUGGGCGGAUAGCGCACAUAGAUUCACCUUUUCACCUUAUAUGCGGGGACCAGCCCCUCAUAGGUUCUCGUUUACCAUGGUUUUUUUAUGCAGGCGGAUAUUAUGAUUCCCUAUGAUAAAUGGUUACUUUGUGGUGUAUAUGGUAGCUGUUCAGAUAUUUCCCCUUUUGUGUUGUUGGGAGGGGGGGGAGACAGGAUAUAGUAAGUUUAGUUGUGUGUAUAAUCUGACUGAAAGAGAGGUAGCAAGAAAUAGAGGGGGAGGGAUGGUGCUGGGGUUUAUGCAAGUUAAUGGUACUGGAGGAUGCACCAAAAGGUUGGAAGAUGUUGUAAAUGUUACCUCUUACAGCUGCCCCAGUAUGCCUUCAUCCUCCAUUUUUGUUUAUUUUAAGUAAUUCUUCUUUUACCAAUUGCUCUAAUGAGACUUGCUCAUUAUCACAAUGCUGGAACAUGGCUAAAUACACUCGAGCCUUGGUAGCAUGGGUCCCUCGUUGGGUCCCUGUGCCGGUAGAAGCCCCUAGUACGAUGACGUUAUUUCGUCACAAGAGGGACUUCAGUGUCACGGCUUUGGUGGUGGUCGCAAUGUCGGCCAUAGUGGCCUCUGCCACUACGGCGGCUAUUGCCAUGACUACUGCUGUUCAAACAGGUGAGACGCUUAAUCGGUUGUCCACCGCUGUAGCCUCAGCCAUAGACAAACAAACCACCAUGGAUGCUCAUAUUAAAGGUGGAUUAAUGGUGAUCAACCAAAGAAUAGAUUUGGUACAAGAGCAGGUGGAUAUUCUUUGGCAGCUGGCCCAAUUGGGCUGCGAAUGGAAGUUGGACGCCCUGUGCAUUACCAGUGUUCAAUAUGAAAAUUUUACUAGGGCUGCCAAUUUGUCUCGCUCUUUGUCCUUGUAUCUUGCAGGAAAUUGGUCUGAGGAUUUUGAUGCCACCCUGGAAGACCUUAGGCAUGCUGUAGUCCUAAUUAAUUCAAUGUGUGUGGAUCUCUGCUUGGCGAAGGGACUACAGUCCUGGAUCUCCUCUGCCUUCUCCCUGUUCAAGGAGUGGGUGGGGGUAGGGAUGUUUUUUGCAUGCUGCAUAGGAGGGUGCAUACUGUGCCUUUGGUUGACCUGCCGCCUGCGGACUCAGGUGUCCCGUGAUAAGGCAGUAAUGCUGCAGGCACUGGCUGCUCUUGAGAAAGGCAACUCCCCCCAAGUAUGGCUGUCCGCUCUCAGGAGCCACUAGCCAAGCACGGCCUUUGCACCCUCAUGGGAUAUUUGCCCAUUGCACUGAAGAAGGCGUGCUGGCCCCUUCGUAGCAUUGCCUUUGCACCUCCAAGGGAUUGAUCCCAUUGCACUGGAGAAGGAAUGCUAUUAGGUGUUUUUGGCCUCCCUUGAUCGGUCCACACAUCAUGAGGUGAAGACCUGAUCGGGAAUAAGACCUGACUUGGCUCUGAAGGAAAAAAAGAAGGGGGAACUGCAGGGAGCCAUGAGGUGUGGCCGCCAUUCCAAGAUGGCACUGGG